AUGGCGUAUCCCGUGCAGCUUGAAAUGAAGUCGGAUGAAAGAAAUGAUCCGGGUGGUUCUGGGGCGAUGGGCGGAUGGUUGAUAGCCAUGUCCAAGAAACCAAGGUUUAGACUAGACGGGAGGAUGCAAGGACGAUCCAAUCCAAGGCUGUCUCUUGCAGAUGAAAAUUUAAACUCCAUGCGUCUUUGCUUGGUGCCUCGUGAGAGGGUGGCAGAUCCUGUGAUGACAGUGGUGUGCUAUGGAUGGAGCAUCAUCCACUCGAGAAGUACCAAUGACGGCAUGCUGGCCACUGCCAUUUGUCGUGGUGCCCGGUGGAUGCCAAGAGCCGGCCGGGAAUUGGACGCCUUCCAGCUAUUCAUCACUUUAGCUGACACGCCGAGCCGGGAUGCAACUUCACUUGAUCACAAUGGUCGAUACCACCUUCCUUUCUUUGCUCGAGACAACGAGCAUCAUUACGGCGCCAUCAGGGACGACGUUCCGGAUCCGAAAUACGAUGUUAGGUACGACAAACACGCUUCCUCGGUAGAGAGCAGAUUUCCACGCGCUGGGACCCAUGGGUUCGGAGCCGCUAGGAUUGACUGGCUCGCACUAGGCGUGAGUCGAUGGGGGAAAGUGGAGCUUCGUAGGAUUUCUCCGGUCGACCCCGGUGAUGUUCCGGUGGUGGCGGAGGACGCCGCCGGUGUAGAUAGGCGUUGCCCAGCCCGGGGCUUCCACAUUCUUCACAAUCUUGAAACGAAUCUCGGAUGCAAAGAGGUGACGAUCAUACUCCUCGCACAACAAGAGAGAAUCCUUUGUCUUAGCACACAUGUAAUAUCUAGUCUACCCGUCGCCGGGGUUGGCAUGGUCAGUGGACUAAGAGCCAUGAUGGACUGCGGGAUUUUCCAUGCCUUGAUCGACUGGGUUGUGGUCCGUCCGCUUGUUGUUGAAACUUUGGUCGGUCACUCGGUCGGGCGGUCGGGAAAACCAUUCAAGGAAUGCCGGGCCUCCCUCCGACGUGUAAGGCAGUUCGUACAAAGUACAAAGUACCCAUUCGGAGCGCUUCGUAGAAAUGCUGGAGUAGAUUCGGGGGUCAACAUGCAAGACACUGUAAAUUGA